GCGGCACGGUUCGUCCAUUUGGAGGGUGCUGGGCAUCUGGGAGGCCUCUGCUGGAUCCGUGCGUAAAAGUCUACAGGAACCAUGGCUGCUGAAGGGGUGGUGAGCUUUCUGAAGGAUUUUCUGGCCGGCGGUGUCGCCGCUGCCAUCUCCAAAACGGCCGUAGCGCCCAUUGAGAGAGUCAAGCUGUUGCUCCAGGUCCAGCAUGCCAGCAAGCAGAUCACGGCCGACAUGCAGUACAAAGGCAUCAUCGACUGCACACUGAGGAUCCCCAAAGAGCAGGGCUUCCUAUCCUUCUGGAGAGGCAACCUGGCCAACGUCAUCAGGUACUUCCCAACGCAGGCCCUCAACUUUGCCUUCAAGGACAAGUAUAAGAAGGUCUUCCUCGGUGGAGUGGACAAGAAUAAGCAGUUCUGGCGCUACUUUGCCGGUAACCUGGCCUCCGGUGGUGCUGCCGGUGCCACUUCCCUGUGCUUCGUCUACCCUCUGGACUUCGCCAGGACCAGGCUAGCUGCCGACAUUGGUAAAGGGGCUGCAGAAAGAGAGUUCACCGGCCUUGGCAACUGCCUCGCAAAGAUCUUCAAGUCAGACGGUAUUAGGGGUCUGUACCUCGGCUUCAACGUGUCCGUCCAGGGUAUCAUCAUCUACAGAGCCGCUUACUUCGGUAUCUAUGACACAGCUAAAGGCAUGCUCCCAGAUCCCAAGAACACACACAUCGUCGUCAGCUGGAUGAUCGCCCAGACUGUAACUGCUGUUGCUGGUCUCAUCUCCUACCCCUUCGACACUGUCAGACGUCGUAUGAUGAUGCAGUCAGGACGCAAAGGAGCCGACAUCAUGUACAAGGGCACACUCGACUGUUGGAAGAGGAUCACCAAGGACGAGGGUCCAAGAGCCUUCUUCAAGGGUGCCUGGUCGAACGUGCUCAGGGGCAUGGGCGGUGCCUUUGUGCUCGUCCUCUACGAUGAGAUCAAGAAGUACACAUAAACAUUCUCUGUCCAAACCCAUCCCACCGAAGGAGACCCUUGACGCCGUGUUUUGUCUUAAUCCUGUAGCGUGAAACCACCACUCGGCGGAAGGAACGGGGGUAGAUGCGCGUCCCACUUAAGAGAACUAGCCCAGAUGUGGCGCAUGUGUGAAUGUUGGAGGGAGCGAGAGUAAACGGCCACUUCAUCACCCACUCCUAAACCCUUGUAAAUAUAUUUAACUCUAGCCACUGCAUAUCAGAUUACAAUUAUCCCGUCGGUCCGAUUACUCUCGGUACGGAAAGAUUUUUUUUAUUUUUUGUUCCAUUUAGAAACCCCAUGACUAGCGCGAGCGUGGAAGCGGCCGUACACUGGAAGGUCGACUAUUCUUGUGGCAUUGUCCACCUUAUAUGUGUUCUUUUAAUAAAAAUAAAAAAAAA